GUUUUGUUAGUCAAUGUCAAAAACGUCCAACAGUAAAACAAAAAAUACAUACCUAUAUUUUAUUUUCAUCAACAAAGUUACCAAUUUUAAAGUGAUGCGUAGGGAAUUCAUCAUAGUUUUCCUAGGAAUAAUUUGUAUAUCGACAUUGUCGUCAUUAUUGAAUGGUUAUACACAAAUCGAGACCGACAAAGUGCUACUAGAUACCGUAGUAGGCGCAGUGGGAGCGGGAAAUUUUUCUUAUUGGCAAUUAGGGCACACGGGCCCUCUUCUGGUUGAGCUCACGUCUCUAUCUGGUGAUGCAGACCUUUACGUAUCAGAUACUGUGAGACCUAGCUUUGAGACGGACAAGAACAACUUCAGUUCGGCGACAUGUGGACCUGAUAUGGUGAAUAUACCUGUUGACUUCCCAAGGCCAGUUGGUAUUGGUGUCUUUGGCCACUGGUCACAUAUACUGUCAGAGUACAGCAUCCAGGUGUUUCUGGACACCACAGCGGUGCUGAGCGAGGAGCAGGUCCUAGCUAUAGAGCGGGCUCAUAUGAACAGUGCUGAGAGACCUGAUUCAGACAAGAGAAGAGAGAAAGCCGUGCCAAAAAAAGCAGAUGAAGACAAACCGAGAUUUUUAAAGUUGUUGAACAUUCUGGACAUGAUAUUCGAAGCUUUUGUCCUGUGAUAAACGUCUAACAAAUAGCAAACAUUUUGAUGACAUCAGCCAAUUUUUAUGUCAUGAUCUUCCAAGCCCCCUUAUAAAAAGGCAGUAAGACCUACCACUCCAGUUAGUUUCAAAGUUAGAAAGAAAUUUUAUGUCAUAUUGCCUAUUAAACGUUCAUGAAUAAGUCU